UCACGUGAGCGAAACUUGGAAGCUUGCCAUUUGGAACUUAUCUCCACCAAGGCCAGGUUGCUUGGAUACCUGGUGACGUAAACCUCCUCCUUCACCUACCCUUAUAUACCCUGGAAGAACUUUGCAAUAAAUGAGACUUGAUCAGACUCCUGUCUUGUCUCCAUUCUUCACGCCCCUUGCCCCUUCCCAUUCUCACCCCCUCCUCCAGGUAUCCCUGUCGACUGACCCGCGGGCCGGGUCAUGUGGUGCCCGACCAGGGAUCUGAAUACGAGGGAAAACGGUGAAGAAGCUACUGGAGGCAGCUGGCCGGCUCAGAGAAACAUCGGGACCUGCCCACGCAGUAGCCUGCUGCACUGGAACGAGGAUCUUGGUAACUAUGAGCACCUGGAUAUGGCUACUGCUGGGAAUCUCUCUCCUGAUACGAAAAAAUGAAGGUGGUUUCGGUAAUCCCCAUGAGGCUCGGGCACUCUUACAAAAAUUAACUGGUACUCCUUGCGAGUGCUGUGGUAGCACCUGGAACGGUGAGACAACCCCUCUCCUAAAUGUAGAUUGUGGUGAUAAAACAGCAUACUUAGUAAGGAGACAAAAUAUUCAUGGAGCACAGGCAUGGGUCUGUAGCAAAAAGGCUAAAAUUAUCCCCACCUCUAAUAACAAGCCUGGAACAUGCCCUUGUAUAGAAUUCCAUCCAUCUGUACAUAAUACCUGUUAUGAGCAGGUUCAACUAUGUACUGGUACAGAUAAUAAUACCUAUUUUACAGCAAUCUUGACCAGACAUUUUUGGGGGACAUUUGGAGGAGAGUGGGACACCGUCCCUCAGGUCCAGGGGACCUCAAAAAAAUAUGCCCAAUCUGGCUGUCCCAAUACAGUAGGAAAAACAGUUUGCUGGAAUAAGUCUCCACCUGUGCACGUCUCUGAUGGAGGUGGACCCCAAGAUCAGGCCUCUUCUCGUAAAUCACGUGAGCGAAACUUGGAAGCUUGCCAUUUGGAACUUAUCUCCACCAAGGCCAGGUUGCUUGGAUACCUGGUGACGUAAACCUCCUCCUUCACCUACCCUUAUAUACCCUGG